AUGGAAGAAUCAAUUCUACGGUAUGAAAAAAUUGACUUCCUUGGAGAGGGACAGUUUGCCACUGUCUACAAAGCUAGAGAUGUGAAGACAGAUAAAAUUGUGGCCGUAAAGAAGAUCAAGAUAGGCUCCCGUCUGGAGGCUCAAGAUGGUAUCAACCGGACAGCUCUGAGAGAGAUAAAGCUGCUGCAGGAGUUGCAGCAUAUCAAUCUCAUUGGAUUAUUAGAUGUAUUUGGACAAAAAUCAAAUGUAUCAUUAGUGUUUGACUUUAUGGACACAGAUUUGGAGAUAAUUGUUAAAGACAAUACUAUAGUGCUUACUCCAGCUAAUGUUAAGGCUUAUAUGAUUAUGACACUAAAAGGUUUAGAAUAUUUACACCAGAAUUGGAUUUUGCACAGAGAUUUAAAGCCUAACAACUUGCUUAUAAAUCGGGAAGGAAUUCUAAAGAUUGGUGAUUUCGGUCUGGCAAAGGCUUUUGGAUCUCCAACCAGAAUCAAUACUCAUCAGGUAGUCACCAGGUGGUACAGAUCUCCAGAAUUAUUGUUUGGAGCAAGACAAUAUGGCACAGGUGUAGACAUGUGGGCAAUAGGUUGUAUACUAGCAGAACUACUGCUGAGAGUACCCUUCUUACCUGGAGAGUCAGAUCUGGACCAACUUUCGCGCAUCUUCCAAGUAUUUGGCACACCAAGUGAAGAAACUUGGCCAGGUAUGAAGAAUUUAACAGACUAUGUGCAGUUCAAGCACUUUCCACCGCAGCAGCUGCGUCACAUUUUUAGCGCCGCGUCUGAUGAUCUCAUCCAACUGCUAGAGAGCCUCCUUGCGCUCUAUCCACCCAACCGGUGUGAUUGCACGCAGGCAUUGCAGAUGGCGUACUUCAGCAACAAACCAGCUCCAUCAGUAGGCUCCAAACUGCCCAUGCCUUCCAACAUUAGCAAAAUAGAGGCUGAUAAACCAUCACUGAAGAGAAAACUGCUGGAAAACAUCGAUGGUGGUUCCUUAGCAAAAAGACUGCAGUUUUGA